GGCGGGCUCAGCGCUUGGCCCCCGCCCGCUGCGCUCCGGGCCCGGCGUCCUUCUCCCGCCUCCCCCCCACGACUCCUUCCCCUUCUGUCCGCUCUGGUCUGAAGCGGGUGCCGCGAUGGCUCCGGCCGCCGACCGGGAGGGUUAUUGGGGCCCGCCGACCUCCACCUUGGAGUGGUGCGAGGAGAACUACGCCGUCUCCUACCACAUCGCCGAGUUCUGGAACACAGUGAGUAACCUGAUUUUCAUUCUACCUCCAAUCUAUGGUGCGAUUCAGACCUAUAAAGAUGGCCUUGAAAAACGGUAUUUAGCUGCAUAUUUGUGUCUUACAGCUGUGGGAUUGGGAUCUUGGUGCUUCCACAUGACCCUGAAGUAUGAAAUGCAGCUGUUGGAUGAGCUGCCAAUGAUAUACAGUUGUUGUGUGUUUGUCUACUGCCUGUAUGAAUGUUUCAAGUACAAGAACACAGUCAAUUAUCCGCUGCUUUUCUUGUUAAUAACGUACAGCUUCAUAGUCAGCAUUGUUUACUUAAAUUUGAAAGAGCCUGUAUUCCAUCAGAUCAUGUACGGAACGCUAGUUUCCAUUAUAGUGCUACGAUCUGUUUAUAUAGUAUUAUGGGUAUACCCAUGGCUUAGAGGUCUAGGCUAUACAUCUUUAACUGUAUUUUUAAUGGGAUUUUUUCUCUGGAAUGUGGACAACAUUUUCUGUGAUAAAUUAAGAGCACUACGAGAGAAGAUGCCUCCAGUUGUGGGAGCUGUGACACAAUUUCAUGCCUGGUGGCAUAUUCUCACAGGCCUGGGCUCUUACCUUCACAUCCUGCUAAGGCACGCUUUUCUCCUUUUCUUCAGUUUAUACACAAGGACACUUUUCCUGAAACACAGGCCAAAAGUCAAGUUUGUUUUUGGAAUAUGGCCCAUUCUCAUUGUGGAGCCACCCAAGAAGCUUUGACCAAGACCUGGGCACUCACAUGCGAUCACCCAGCCCGGCUGUAUAAAGCGAUUCAACAACUUAUUAUGGCUGAAGUGUCAAAACUAUGGAUCAAUUCAAGUACCGUUGCUAUCAAAGGACUUCUCUGUCUUCCUGGGCCAUCCGGCCAGAACAGAGCAAAGAGUUGGCACACUAGGGAAAUAAUGUUUAGUACAGCUUUAUUCUAAGUUGUUAAAAGAUUUAAGACACAAUAUUUUUAUGUAUAUAUUGUAUAGGUGACGAUACUGAGCUAAUAUUUCGUGCUGGUCACAGAAAACUAACCAUUUUUGAAGUGGAUUGCAUACGUUUUUCAUUCGGUUGUUGUUCUCUCUGUGGUUUCAACUAAUAUUAGUAACUGAAUGACAAAAACGGGCCAUUGAUGGCCAAGCUAAGCAUUUGUGUGGCCUAUAGUGAACUGAAUGCUUAACCUGAACUACUUUAAUCUUGCACUUUUAUACAAUUAAUGAAGUAUGUAAUGAUUUAUUUGGGGCUUUAUUCUAUCUUGCUUUUCCACAGCCUCCUUUGCAAUUUAUAUUUUAAGUGAAACGGCUGGGGUCCCUGUGCCAUUUAGUUCAUUUUGUAUUGACCUUCCAUUUCCUCUGUAGUCCAGAAGACACUUAAGGUGGUGAAGCAUUGUAGGGAUUCUAGUUCGUUUGUGGAAACCGAAUUCCUAAUUUGACCAUCGAGAAACUUCAGAGUGACUGUAUAAAAACACGAAACACAGGUUUUUAUUUUUAUAAUUAUUAUUUACAUACCUCCCUAUUUCUGCUCCCCAUGUCCCAUUCAUGCUACAGAUUGACAAACACCUUAGAUGUGUGCUAGUUCAGCUUUGAGUUCAUCUCUUUCCCUUAUUUUACAAGUCUUAAAUAUUGGUUUGACUUUCAGAAGCCUCUUCUUGUUCAGAAAUAUUGAAGAAAGAGCGAGGAACAAGAUGGAUGUUGAGGAUACCCCAAAAUAUAAUUGGCAGAACUUCGCUUGCUCUUAAUCUACCAUGUGGUUACUACGGAAAGUUGACCACCUCUUUAAAAUCACAUUUUGGGGAAUAAUGGGGUGCACAAACCCUCUGGUUUCUGCAAUUCUUAUCGGCCCAGCUGAUGGAAGUUAAUAGGUAAGAAUAAAGAAAACAUUGGAUUAACACAGUUUUUCAAAAUAUACCUCAUAUUGGAGGCUGCGGUUUUGACCCUUCAGAUGUUGGGGCGGCUAAUGGAGUCUGUCUUGGACUUCCCAGCUGCCAUGCUAUGCAAUUUGUAUCUGCUUCUGAUGCUCUAAGAGCUUUAUCCGUCUUGCCAUGAAGGAAAAGGGGGAAAUAAACGCUCAGACUGAUUAGAAAUCCCAUUCGGUAUUGAUUUAAAACGUGCCCACGGCAGCAAGGCACAGGAGCGUGGCUGUAAAGCUGCCUCGCAGAUCACAAAAUCCUGGCUUAGUGUUAAGUUUCCUUGCUCCAGCUGUUGGACUGAAAUCAACACUGAACUAAAACGGUCUCCUCUUUUUAAUGUCUUCUUUUUCCUGUUUCUGCACCUUCCGUAUCCAUCAGUAGCGCUCCUGCUGAUGUCAAUCUCCAAAUAAAAUUGUGGCUUUUGUUACGUGACUGAUCCUGGGCUCUUGGGAUCAAAUAGACCCAAACUCAGAGCUAGAAAAAGAUGCUUACUUUGGGUGAAUUCAGUGAGAUUUAAGCACGUUCCAAUAGCGGCGCAUUUCAAUCUGUAAUCAGCCACUAUAAAGAUUCUCGAAUGAAAAUUUAAACGAGAUUUAUUGUCAGUCAGCUCCAGUUCCAUAGACAAGGUCAGCGCAUCUGAGUUGGGAAAUCUGAAUGAUCUUCAGACUGAAAGACAUCGAAAUAACUAGCAUAACGGUAGGAAAAUGCUGUCUUGGAUUGAGUAUCUUUAAUUUUUCCAGAAGGUAUAUUUUUUUUUUUUGUAAAGAGAUUUGAGAACUGUUUUAAAAAUAUAUCUUAAAAAGAAGUGCCUGCCUAUUCACCUCCAGACUCUCACAAGCGCGCUGUAUCUGAUUUUCUUAGUAGUAGCAUGUUCACAUGUAUUUUUUAAGUUAGGGCAGGGAUCCCACAAUAGGAGCAGUGCAGCAACAAGACCUGUCAACAGUCAUUCCUGACAUCUGCUAGGUAUGGUGUUAUUUUUAAGAAAAUAAACCUUUAUUUUAGUGGCCUUAGUUUUGUAACUGGAGGAUCUGGGGGCUCUGUUUGGUUUGUCUGUAAUUGCAGGAACCAGAGUGUGCUGCAAACCCACUUUCGCAUCAAUAAGGCAUCUCUACUAGUGGUAAAUUUUAAAGAAAUGUGUUGAUUCUCCUACACAUUUGCGACUGGGAAGUGUAUGCUUAUUUUCAGAUCUUGUUGAAUUAAAUUAUUAGCAUCAAAAAAAAAUUGGAAAAGCUCAUUUUUAUGCUACUGUAGCUUUUCAUUCACAUAUCAUAUGUGACUGAUGUUUUUAUCUUUAAAAUUAGACAAAUUGGCUUCUUCCUUCAUUCCAAAUCACCAAGAACACGCACACUUGUAGCACCCUUCCACGUCAUGUUAGACCCUGAAGAAUGUAAUUUAGAAACGUAAUUUCUAAGCAUAAAUAGUCUAAAAUGAUGGGUGCUUUGGUUCCACUGCCUUACUGAUCUUGUGAGUGAUACUGAAAACAGCAAGCCAGGUUUAACUGCACGGCGCUGAAAUUCAGACUGCCUUUUCUAGUGCCUGGAAAGACAUACGUCCUUACUCCUGUAACGUGUUAAAUGUAUGUUAAAGUGCUUUUCAUUUAGAUCACUUGUAUUUUUUUUUCUACAAACCUUAGAGCAGCAUAUCCUGAACUUUUCUUGCACUACAUCUUGUAAGGUGGGUCAUUUUGAUCCAGUUUUUUGAGUAGGAUUCAGACAGCAGCUACUUUAAAGGGAAUUGUGGAAACAGCGGAUGUCUUUUAAUGACUCCUAUAGGAUGCAUCAGACAGAUUGAACAGCAGUGAACUUGUUUAUUCUUUAACAUCUAUGAAGAACCAGAAAAUCUACCACCUUAUGACCACCAGCUUGGCACAGAUCAGCAGCAGUUCUGCAGACCGUGAGCUGAAAUUGGAAAUAAGAGUAAAAACAUUCCAAGUUAUUCCCCCAGUACAGAUCAACCUUAUGCUGGGAAUCGAGAUUUUCUGGAUACAGCUCAAGACGUGCAUCAUCCACAACUGAAGAUAAGACGUGAUAAACAGAAUUCUGCCAUCAAGGAGGAAUCUUGUCCGUGUUUUGAAGGCAGUGUUGUUGGUUAGCAGUAUUACUGAUCUCUGGACUUCAUGCUUUUCCUUCUUUCAGCACAGGGAAGAACGUGCUCCCCACCAGUAUUUAGACUAUCCCAUAGUCUAUGGAAUAUGCAGUUUAUCGCUUGCCGAUCUACCUCUGUCACAUAUCGUACAAAACCUUUGUCCUUAAUUAACGUUUGCCUGAAGGUGCAGACGUUAGAGCAGCCUGACGUGUGAUGUCCAGUCCCUGAGGUUGGCACCAGUAUUGUAUCGAUCCCUGGAUGACCAUUCGCUCUCCAUUAACAUCCCAGUUUGUUCGGCGUCACUUCCAGUUUGUGCCCAGUCUGCUGUUUUCUGCAUGCAGAGGUCUGGUUGCUUUAGAAAGAGAUACAAGUAGGACUUUAAUUCAGACAGGUCAAGUGAAACCUUUUUGGUGGUUCCGUUUGAAGCUAAGAUGCAAACAGUACAAUUUGUUUUACAUGUUUUUGCGAGAGAUGUGGCGGAAAACGCUGCUUUGUAAUUAGUUUUAAUUCUCUUUAUUGUUAUGCUGUGUUCAUCCCCAGGCCUGUCUUUUUUUGCUGAAGGGAAAUUGUAUUCUUUGAAAUGCAGUUGAUUCUUUUGGCCGUAGUGCAUUUGCUUCUAAAACCUGGUUUUAGCUGAAUUAGUUUUUCAGCCAACUCUUCCACAUGAAACUCUUAGCAACAGAAAAUCCUCGCCCUAUCACAAGCGUUUCUCACAGUUACUACAACCUUGUUUAGUCUGCAGUCAAGAAUUUUGGUAAUACUGGUUUUUCUAAACCUAUUUCCCUCUGUGGAUAUAUUUUUGGCAUUUGAGAGCAGGUGGUGAAAGAGUUCAAUGUAAUGCUUCUCAGUUGAAGACGAGCCGUAAUGAAGCAACGCUGCUGUUUUCUUCAUUAGACCUCAAAACCCAGGAACACACCUUCGUUUGGGUGGAAUGUGUGCUCCAUAAUUUUAAUCAAUGUAUUCAGGUAAAACAUUUGGUUUAAAGAAAGCCCCAUCUGCACUUUAUAAGCAGACGGUGGAAGGCUUUAACUGCAAUAUACUGUUUAACUGUGAGACUUCAGUAUGAAGAGGGAUAAACAACAGAGUCUUAAAAACCCAGGAGAAGCAAAAAGCCAGAAGGAGAUUUAGAAACCUUACAUGGAAAGAGAAUAACAAAAGAUUAAGCACAGAAUCCCAUAAUAUUAUGUCAACCACUCUCCCGAUAACUGCACUUUAGAUACUUACGUUACAGGCGUGAACGUUUUGCUGUUUAUACAUUUAACUUUCCGUGCUGACUCCGCGCUCUUCACCAUAGAAGCGAUGUCGACUCUGCCACAUUCGCUUCAUUGUGGAUGAUUCAGCUGUUGCUUUAUGAGAAUGGAACAUGACACGGAUUGUUUCGUACAUGAAUGAAUUCUUUCCUUAUCCAUCUGGAACGUCCAGCUGUGUUGAGAGUCCGUCACGUAACCACAGAGAAUAUACUGUAUAACUAUUGACACUGGGUUUGUGUUUCUCUAUUCAGUUUCUCACUCACAACUGCCUACACCUGCCAAGUGCCUGAUCUCUCUGUCAUGAGUCUUUUCUCACAGUUGAGACCGUGUUUUCUCCUGGGGUCCAUACGGUUCUUGGUAGGUAGAGGAUUAGUUUGUGGGUUUUUUUGUUCAAAAUGCUACUGCAGGACUCAUGGAACUCAUUUCAGUCGUUCUCCAGAAACAUCCAGUAAUGCAUCUGCCUCUGCUUGGCUCAGAUUUGUGCCUGCAAAUCCCACGCCCCUGAUGCUAUCGCAUCUUUUCAGAUGGUUAAAGCUGGUUGAGGGAUGUGUAUUUUUGGGGUGUGUAGUUCGAGGACAGGCAGUGUGAGGGCGCAAUGGUCAAGCCAGCACUUUAUGCAGAGCCCGGUUACUGGAGCUCCCAGCCUGAUGCUCCAAACAGGACUGGGGUGGGGAUAUUUGGAUCCAUACGUACAAUUUUGGGGGCAGGGCUGAUGCCUGAACUUCUUACUUUACUUCAGAACUCUCCUUUUUUACUUGUUGAAAGUCCAUAGAUUUGAGUAAGCACAUAAUAGCAUAUUUAAGAAGAACCAAGUUCAGAAUCCAGCUAAUGCAAGACCCUAAAAAAGUGCCUGCCAAAUUUUUUUGCACAUAUUCCACACAAGUUGAAUCUUCCUGAUGUUUAGAGCAGAUUGUUGAGCUUUUAAAAAUGCGGGGGUUUUUGAUAUUUUGAUCUUUCGAUUAUUUGUCCUUCGUCACCAAAACACAAAAAUCGCUGUAAGCACAAUCUCAGAUUCUUCUUUUCCCAAAACCAUGGGACGGAUAUGUUCCUCCAAAAGCGAUGUUGAAUAAACAUGGAUUUUCAUACAUUCUCAAAUGAAAUAAUACACUAAAGUGUUUUCUAAAUUAAAGCCUUAGUCAGUUGCUGCAGAAGAAUUUUGGUUGUGUAUACUAUUGCUCCCUGGAUUUUGGAAGAGAGGGUUUCAAGCAGCAUGAACAGAAGUUAUUCCUUAGACUGAACAGGAACUGAUUUGUCUCUUGAUCUUCCAAACUGAUGUUGACUAUUUGAUGUUGACUAUUUGAUGUUGACUAUUGAAUGCAGCUUAACACACUGAUGAUGUUUACUGUCUUACCAAAUAACAUUUGUCCACCUGUAACGGACACAAAAUACCCCAUGUGUUACGUGACCAAACCUUCUAAUGUUGACACUAUUAGUUCUAACGUGUGGGUUUUUUCUGAAAUUCGGUCUAUUGUUGCAGGUUGAUAAUGACACUGUGACAGAUGAAUAGCAGUUGACUUGUAAAACACAGCUGCAUUGAGCGAUGUUUAUUGACAAUUUUGAUACAGCGAAUUGAUUCUUCAUACCGAACCAGCUGGUAACUAACAUUAGGCCUAUAUGUAUCAGCAUAUCUUGUUUUGCGAACCACCGUAGCUUUGAAAUAUUUAAUGUAUUUCAUUUGUUAUUCAUGCUGCAGUCAAGCACUAAUUUGUGUCUUUAUAGUUCAAAUUAUUAAAGAAUUUUGUUUUAAAUACAA